GUCAGUUCAGUUGACAUAUGGUUGAUAGUUGAUAUGGUCAUGAACCAUUUGAUACGAAAAUAUAAAAUGUGUAUGUUGUUAUAAUUUAUUUACUUAAGUAAUUAUAAUUGUUAGUAACAGUGCAUACUUAAAACUUAAUUAGAAAAAAGUAAAGUUAAUUAUAUUACUAUGGGGAAAACAUCAAAAGAUAAAAGAGAUAUCUACUAUAGGUUAGCUAAGGAGGAAGGAUGGCGAGCUAGAAGUGCAUUUAAAUUGUUGCAAAUUAACGAAGAACACAACAUAUUUGAAGGAGUGCUCCGCGCCGUGGACCUCUGCGCUGCUCCCGGUAGCUGGAGCCAGGUACUGACAAAGAAACUGAGACAGAAUGCUCAAAAUGAAGAUGAAGUCAAAAUAGUGGCUGUCGAUUUGCAGGCUAUGGCGGCUCUGCCGGGCGUCAAACAAAUACAAGGCGACAUAACCAAGUUGUCGACGGCUAAUGAAAUCAUUAAGGAAUUUGAAGGAUUAAAGACAGAUUUAGUAGUUUGUGAUGGAGCUCCAGAUGUAACAGGUCUGCAUGACAUUGAUGAGUAUGUCCAAUCACAGCUUCUCCUUGCUGCCUUGAAUAUUACUACACAUGUUCUCAAGGAUGGUGGUGUAUUUGUGGCUAAAAUCUUUAGAGGGAAGGAUGUGUCACUUUUAUAUUCGCAGCUGAAGCAGUUCUUCAAGUUUGUUACUGUCAGUAAGCCCCGAAGUUCAAGAAAUUCAAGUAUUGAAGCAUUUGUGAUAUGUCAGAAAUACCAGCCACCAGAAGGCUAUGUACCAACAAUGGUGAAUCCUCUGCUGGAUCAUAAGUACUGUGAUUUCAAUCAGUUCACUGGCCCUAACAGAUAUAUUGUGCCAUUCAAUGCAUGUGGGGACUUAAGUGCAUAUGACUCAGAUACCUCAUAUCCUUUGCUGUUGGAUGGACAGUCAUCUUAUGAAUAUAAGGAGCCUGUUCAGGGCCCUAUUAAUCCACCUUACAAAGAAGUUUUGGACAAGACAAAAAAUUUGCAGUUACAGUAAAUUUUAAUACAUAUAAAUUAAGUAUAUUUACUUACUUACUUACUUACUUACUUAUAUUUUAUAUAUUUUGAUAAGUAAUCAAAAAUAUUGUAUUACUGUUAUUUUAAAAAACCUGUAGAAAAAUACUAUACCACUAAGUUUAAGUCUGCAGUCUCACAACACCUGGGUCACAUUAAAAAUAAAAGGAUAGCUGUUGUCUCUCUUUCUGAAAACCACAUUUGUUUUGCAUGAACAUCAUAUUAUUAUUUGCAAAGUUUGAUGUUUAUGAUGGUUGUCUUGCAAUAGAAAAAAAAAUGUUUUUAUAUUUUAUGUAUGUAUUGUUGGGCUAUAAACUGAAAACCAGAAUUGUGACUGCUAGUUUGUAUCACAGCAAAUUUCACACUUUUUUCACACUAUUGUUCUAGACUUAAGAAAUUAUGUUAAUUGGGUACUUGAAACAUUUUGAAUAUUAUAACAAAAAGCUGAAUGGAUAGAAAACGAGCUGAGAGUAAAAAUGGAUAAAAAAGUGGAAUUUAGAAAGAUAUAUUGAGAUUAUAAAAAAAUACAAGGCUUGGAGCCUCAACUCAGCCUUUUUUUUAUGUUUUAUUGAAAAUUUUAUUAUAUCACAACUAUAUACAUAAACGCAAUAUUUCAGGGUCAAAAUAGCUAACUGUCAGGUAGCCAAUUGUAAUUGUUGCUGUUCUUGUGUCUAAAUUGUCCAUUUGGUUGUUUCUGUCUUGUACAGUCAGCGUCAAAUACUUCGUAGCAACCAA